GUUUGCUCAAAACUUCUUUCUCUAAAAGCAACUUCUUUCUCUAUAAACUAAAAUAUCAUUUAUCAUUAUGAAAAUAUAAUCGAAAUGGUUGAAUCAUACAAUUGUUUACGUCUAGAUAAUAGUUAUGUUUUUCAGGUGGAAGUUUACAAAAAUAAAAAUGACAAUGACAAUGACGAUAAGAAAUUUCUCAAAAUUGGUGAUGAAGAAAUUCCAUUUGAGAAAUUAAGCUUAUCUCAAAUAAUGAAACUUAAUCCUAAUUCUACUGAAGACGAUAUUAAAAACCUUGGAGAGCUCGAGAAAAAAAGACCUUUCACGGAAGUAGAAGAAAAAGCAAAUAGGAUAGUUCAGCGUGCUGGUGUCUACUUUGUUGAUCCAUUAGAGUUAAGUGAACCGCUUCUUAAUAAUAUUCGGAAGGGUGAAUUUAUGACACUACAUGGUGUACGGGCCACUGGAAAAACUACACGGGUGUUUAGAGUUAUGGAACAAUUUGAAGAAGAAGGCUAUCUUUGCCUAUUUUUCUCAUUUAAGCGAUCACAAGUACCAGAUAGCAAAAUAUUAUUCUGGACAACAUUCAGUGAUUAUCUCGUCAGGACUGCUCCCGAGCAUAUUGAAGAUCAAAUUAAGUCUAGUAAUGAUUUCGUUAAUUUAUUUUCAAAAAGGUGGGAAAAAAAGGUUAUUCUCUUCAUAGACGAGUAUGAUAUAAUGUAUAGAGCAAAUAAUGAGACUAUAUCCUCAUUCUUGAGAAUUGUACGUAAUAUUAAAGCAAGAAAAGAAGGAUAUGCUAUCUGGUCUAUUAAUAUAGUCGACCCAAGUAUCUUGCAUCUGAGCUCAAAAGAAGUAACCACAUCGCCAUUUAAUGUCUAUAGGCCAUUUCAAAACCCAAACUUCACGCAGGAACAAGUCCAGUUCUUAUUUAAGGAGUAUGCGAAUGAGGAGCGAAUAAUCAUUAAUCAAGAGGCAUGCUGGAUGGCCUUGUCAUCAAUUGCGGAAAAGCUAUCGAUGAGAAUUAAAAAAAGGACUUGGUGAAAUUGAUAUUUCAAUCUGGUUGAAAGCAAUCGUUUGCAAAAAGUGAUACGUAAUUGUGAAACCUUCAGAAAGAUGGUUGGAAGAUUUGUUGAGGAAGAUAUAUACAGGCCUGUUAAUAGACUUACUCCGUUAUUCACUCACAGGGUUUCUCAGUUAUAUGCAAAUCAAUGAUUCUGAAGAAAAAAAGAAAGCAGGUUUCCUUACAGCAGAGAAGGUACUAACGGUAGUUGACAAAGAUGAUAAUAUAUACAGAAUGUCAUCUGCUUUUAUGGAUGAGCUGA